CCUACAUAUGAGCUAUAACCUAUACGAAGAUGUAUAAGAAAAGAAAUAUCAAUUCGAAUAGUCAUCAGAGAACUUCUAAGGAGAUGAUUCUCCGAUGCUCGAUUUAUACCACACCAUUCAUUAAUCUCCUCCAUCAUAAAAAUGGUCCAUAAAUAAAGUAAGCACUGGGUUGAGCAAAUGCAUAAGAAAAAUAAAACUCACAAGAAAAGUAAAGACAAGUUAAUAUAUUUCAGAAGGGAAAAGUAUCCAUUUACAUGAAAUUUAGAUUUUAUUAUAUAAAAGGUAGCCUCUCUAGAUGAUGCUAGCCACUUAAAUAAUCAGGAAAAUUGGAAUGUCCAUUUCUAAGAAAAAGGUUUCAAAAACAUGAUAAAGUAGAUGAAGCAAUUAAACAUACAAUGA